GCCUGAGAGGAGAGGAGAGGGUGAGGAAGAGGAGGAAUGGCAGGAGAGAGGGAACUCUAGCAUGUAAAGUGUGCUUUUGUGUUCGAGGCACUUUGGAGGUGUGCAAAUGAGAGAACGGAAGAAAGUGGGAAGGGGCGGGGGGCUCGAGAGAGAAAAGGAGAGGGAGGCAACGGGGCAAGAGAGUUGUUGAUGGGUUUUUGAUUUGUGUAUGUGUGCGACCGAGGGUGGAGAGAGGUAGGCAGGAAGAACACCAGAGAGAGAGAGAGAGAGAGAGAGAGCAGCAGUGCAGGCUGUUGGACAUCCUGACAAAACAAGCAGAGGGAGGCAGAGCAACUUGUCUUUCUCAACACUACUUAUUCAAGAGGAAGGAAGCAAAGAGAGAGACAACAAACUGAGGAGAGAAGGCAGCCUGACCCAGUGGAAGCAGAAACAACAGAGGAGGACAGAGAGAGAGAGAGAGAGAGACACCAGACGAAAUAGAGGAAGGAAGCAAGGAAGGAAGGAAGGGGGAGAGUGACACAACGAGAUAGACCCCAUCUCUCUCAGAGGAUGUUUUUACUCAGCGUGUCGAUGCUCCAGUUGCCACUCGAGUUACCGACGAGCGUCUCGGUUUCAUAGGCCCUGUCGAGGCCGUGCAGUGGAAGCAACCUGGAAUUAUGCUGCGGCUCAUUAUUUUAAAGUCUUCUGCCGUCAUCACAAACACCACCUCUCUCACGACGGUGAAAUUAAACCCUUCUGAGGUGCUAUAUGUGAUCUGACCCAAGUCUGCCGGCCUUUGACCUCAUGACCACAGCGUUGUUUGGCCUAAAGGAUGCUCGCACACUGACACACAAUGGGAUUCUGGGUGGAAUGACCCGAUCAUGAUGCCACGGCCGUGCCACACACCAUGCCUAGGUGACCAAGGAGGGCGUGUCUGGCUAUCAGCCAACCACAGGGGGAGCCCCCAUAGAGUUACUACCAACUUGGAUUCAGAGACAUUUCCACUCAAGAGCCUCCUGCACCACUGACACUCCGCCCUUGUGGUAUUAGCUCUUGAACCCACCUCCUUUACUGCUGCUCCCUCUGGAGUCCUCGCUGUUUCCUGAUUACCUGUCUUGGGAUGUUGCCGUUGUUUCGUGGCAGCUGCCAUGGAGAUCGACGGGUUCCUUUAGUAGGCCAUUUUGGACACAGCUUUCAGAUGUUGUGCCAGAUACAGCUUGUCCACACGGGCAGAAUUAGACAAGGAAGGGCACAGAGGUGCUGUGCUGCUCAGCUUCCUGAUUCACACUGUUUGUCAACAUCACAGCAGGAACCAUAGGACUUCCUAUUCCUGUGGAACAUCUCGCUCUGCCUCGCGGCACUUGUGAGGACCUACUUAACCCCGUUGCACAAAAGUUAGUGUAGACUUUUAUCCUCCAGCAGCGAAACCAUGCGGCACAUUCACGUGGAGUUGGCCCACAAAAAGGCUCCACUAGAGCUUCCAGCACAGGAGGGGGACCUGCCUCCACCUACGUCCCCCACACAGGGGCUAGACCCUGGGAUGAGACCAGGGGUGGCCAGGCACUUUGGCCAGGAGGAGUUGCGGCUCCAAAAGGUCUACCAGCUCUCCAUUUUCUCCCAGUUGGGGGGAUUUUCUACCUCCACAGAAUCCCACACUGAUGCCCAACAAAGGCCUGUCCGUAUGGGUGUGAAAAGGGGGUUAGAGGAGCCUCAGCUGACUCAUAAGCGCCCCCAUCUGGGGGACUCCCCAGACAGGGAUCCGCUGGAGGGAGGGGUGUUGUGUGGGCCAGCCCCAGCUCAAGGUGUUGGGAUGGGCUCAGCAGUCGGGUCUGGUGGGCCUGGUUCCUUAUACUCUUGCAUACAGAUGGAGCACAGAGACUCUGAGGGGGGACUGUCACCCAGGUCUCCUCCCCUCUCCCCGAGCCACAACCCCUCCCGACGCCCAGCUCAGCACAAUCACGAUAGGCCCAUUCCUGAUGUGUUUGCUCCACUCUCACCUAAAUCCCCCCCAAUGUGUGACCCGCAUGGCCAUCUCUGUGACCAGGGCCAUUCCCUAGGAAGCUCAGCCCGGAUCGAGCCCCCCAGUGGAGCCCGCACACCAACACACUCGCUAGGCAGCCCUGGAAACGACAGCUGUAGUAAUGGCUCCUCUGGCGGCCAGCCCAGCCCCCACUUGUAUGAAAUGUCCACAUAUGAAACUCCCAACCCUGCCAGCCCCACCAGUCCUCCAGGUCCCUUCUCCCCGCCACACCACACCGAGCUGCAGGAACCAGGGGAGGCCACCGAAUGGGACGCUGGACUCGAAUCCUCCCCACCGGAGCGAAGUGCCACCCAGGCGGCCUCCUCCUCCUCCUCUUCUAAUGGCCUGGCUUCCUGGGAGAAAACUCCCAGCAGCAACGGCCACCGUCUGUUCUCUGGAGGCCACUGGCCGGCCAAAAAGAGGCUGCUGUCCCCAAGUGAUACGGGAGAGUCGUGCUCAGAGGAUGAGGGACCCUCCACGUCUAAGAGAAGCAGGCUGUCGCUGCUGGCUCCAGGACUCGGCCCGGCCUCGUGUCGUAGCACUGACGCUAAAGCUGCCCCGUACUGGAACCACCUGCUGCCCUCUGUGCGGGACAGGCCUAAGACCGCCACCGACUGCACGAGAUCCGGGAGACGACUGAAGAACGGGCUGCGGUUGAAAAGUCGGCAGCUGCGCAGCGGCAGGCACACGGACACCGGUCGCGCCGCACGUUCCAGCUGGCCCUCCUCCUCCAUCAGCAGAUCGCUGCUCGGCAACUUUGAGGAGUCCAUACUGAAGGGACGGUUCUCCCCGUCGGGUCGGAUCGAAGGCUUCACGGCGGAGAUCGGCGCCAGCGGCUCGUAUUGCCCGCAGCACGUCACCCUGCCCGUGCAGGUUACGUACUACGACAUCUCGGAGCACAGCGCGCCGUCGCCCUUCCUGGGGGUGAUAUCUCUGGAGCCUCUUGGAAAGAAAGGAUACAGCAUACCCAAAGCAGGGACCAUUCAAGUGACCUUAUUUAAUCCCAACAAAACUGUGGUGAAGAUGUUCCUGGUGACAUACAACUUUGGCGAUAUGCCCGUCAAUCACAUGACCUUCCUGCGCCACCGCAUCUUCCUGGUGCCGGUGGAGGAGGGGGUUGAGGGGAAGAGCGAGGCGUCUCCAGGGGGCGGAGUGCUAGACAGGAAGAAGAUCCUCUGCUACCUGAUACAUCUCAGAUUCCAGAGCUCCAAAUCUGGGAAAAUCUACUUGCACAACGAUAUCCGGCUGCUAUUCUCCCGCAAAUCCAUCGAAGUGGACACGGGGAUCCCGUAUGAGCUGAAAUCUUUCACCGAGGUGCCAAGAAACCCCAAAUACUCCCCCCGAGUGUGACCCCAGCCCGACCUUUCCACUCUCCUCCCCCCCGAUGCCAACGCAGCCCCUCCUGUGCUUCCGAAAGAGGAGGGAGGGUCACAGACAGACUGCUAGAAUGAUGGAUACAAAACUUGAUAAGACUUGAUGAGACACGCCACAAGCACACGAGACACACGUGCACACACGAUGCAGAGUCGGUCGCUGCACAAGCCCUCCUUUUUAAUGCAUUCAUCCUCCAUUAAUAAUUCAGAUAUGAAAUGUAAAUCCAACAAACGUGGCAUUCCUUCAUUCGUCUGCUCGCUGACAAUGUUAGAAAUCCUAUUGCAGGAGCAGUCGGGCAUGUAUGCAGCCAAAAGUUGGGCUUUUUCAGCACCGUCGUCUGCGCAAAGAAAGAAAUGCACAAACACUGACACACACACCAAAACAGACUGACAAGACUCAGAACCACUUCUGGUGGCGACUCGCUGAGUUCAGUGUUAACAUGCAUGCCUUGUGACUUAAACACCUGGAUUUUCCUCUAGUGCCGUAUCACACUGUCCUUCACUCUGCCUGCAGAUCCAACUGCCUCAUCGGACCAGCAAUUGUAACCCCGCAACUUUGAAUUUGAUUAAACGCCACAAAUAUUAAGCGCGUCGCCCCCGACUGCGGGAUGCGCUUCAGACGAGCAGAGACGCAAACACUAGUGAAAGCGACGACUGAAGUACAGUCAGUCAACUCGGCUGGAUGUCUCAUCAUAUCACGUAGAAGCCCACACGAUUCGACCAAACUCAGGACAUCUGUUGAGGAACAAAUUUCUCCUUUGAACCAUUUCACCCUCCACGGUACAGACCACUGUGUAGUGAAAACAUGGGAAUCCAGUUCAUUCUAUGUAGCCAGACUGAGGGACACUGUGCUGUUUUCUCUCUUUUUUUUUUAAAUAAUCUUUUUCUUUUUUUUUUUUUUUUUAAAGAUUCUGUUCGGAACAAACUGAUGUCGGAGCAGAAAUUGGAGGAAAAAAAAAAAAGAAAAAAGACAAGCUGUAGUAUUUUUAAUUUAUGUUUUUUCGCAAAUGUCUUAAUAAGCAAUAUGCUGCACAAAGUAGAGUGUGUUUUUCAGCCGGACAAGCUUUCUCUCCGGAGGGCGAAACAAAGAAAGCAGAGAAUUGAGUGAGGGAAGAAAUGGGAGGAGGGAGGGACGACGAGGGAGGGCAGGGUGGUGGGGUAUUUAAUAUGGGGAGGGGGGGGAUAAAGUCUAUGUAUAUUUAAAAGAAUAAACUCUGCGACUGGCGAGUACAGCCUA